AUGACUAUCACAUCUAACAAAGUCGACCGUCUGCCUCAGCCUUAUGUGUCCUUGACCAAGGCGCUGGACUUCCCAAACUAUGAUCAGGAACUCUGGUGGACUAGAUCAGCCCCGUUGCUGGCCCGGAUCAUGGAGUCGGCCAACUACAGCGUCCAUCAGCAGUAUCAAUUCCUGACACUAUACAACACUCUGCUCGUUCCAUAUCUGGGUCCAUUCCAAGACACCUGGCACUGCUCUAUCACACACUCCGGAAUUGGUGUCGAGUUCAGCGUCAACUAUCAGGAACACGGCGUACGGACUGUACGCAUUGGCUACGAGCCAGUCAGCUACAUCUCUGGUACCACCCGUGAUCAGUAUAAUGUUAUCACAGCCGAUAAUGCAAUGAAUCGCUUUGCCCGCCUCCAGCUGCCAUCUUUUGAUACCCGGCUGUAUACGGGGUUCAUGAAAUACCUCGCUCUCGACACCGAUGAGGCGAAGACGUUGAAAGGCGCCAAGCUGGGUUCAUCGAAGUUCAAGACACAGGCGGCCUUCGGACUAGACCUGAAAGGCGAAGAUGUUUCAGUCAAGUCCUACGUCUAUCCUGCCCUGAAGGCUCACAUCACGGGAAAGACAUUCCGCCAGUUGCUCGAUGAAGCCGUCCAGGGCCAGGCAGAUGCCAGGCAGUAUGCGGAUGCCGUGGCUCUUGUCAGUGACUACAUGACAGCCAGUGGCUGCUACAACCAGUAUUCCUUCAUUGGCUUUGACUGCAAGACACCAUCGAGCUCGCGACUCAAGGUGUAUGGAGCUAUACUUGAUAUCUCAUGGGCCAAAGUUGCAGAGAUCUGGACUCUCGGUGGUCGACUUGCAGACCACAAGGGCAACCAAAUCGGACUCGACUUGUUGGAAAAGUUGUGGGGAUAUUUGACGCCGCACAAGAAUAAUCGACCCGUGGGUAUCUGGAAUUAUGAACUGAUGCCCGGUAGCCUGAGACCCGAGCCCAAGUUCUAUAUCGACAUGAACGGGGAACCUGAUCACCAGAAAGUGACUGGAAUUACACGCUUCUUCGAGCACCUUGGCUGGAAAGAGACUGCCGCGUCGUAUCCCAGCACACUGCAGUCGUAUUUCCCGGAUGCCAACAUUCAAGAAACCACAAACUUGAUUCAAUACGUGUCUUUUGCAUGGACUGAGAAGACAGGGCCAUACACAUCGGACUGGUCUUCCUGCGUUCUGGACGGGUUUGUAGAUGAGACCCUUGUGAAUUGGGUGGACUUUGCACACAGUGCCGGAUGA